GACCCCCCGGGCUCAGCCCGGCCCCUCGCCGCCGCCGCCCCGCGCACAGGAGGAGGAGGCCCGGCGGCGCGGCGCGGGGCUUAAAGUGGCCGAGCCGGCCAGGGCCCAGAGGCCGGACUCCCGCUCCGCGCCCGCCGCCGCCGCCCGCGUCAUGCCGAACCUCCCGGCCCCGCCGGCCCCGCUGCUGCUGCUCGGGCUGCUGCUGCUCGGCCCCCGCCCGGCCCGCGGAGCCGAGCCCCCCGCGCUGCCCAUCCGCUCCGAGAAGGAGCCGCUGCCCAUUCGGGGAGCGGCAGGCUGUUCCUUGGGCGGGAAGGUCUAUGCCGUGGACGAGACGUGGCACCCGGACCUGGGGGAGCCCUUCGGGGUGAUGCGCUGCGUGCUGUGCUCCUGCGAGGCGCCCCAGUGGGGCCGCCGCGCCCGGGGCCCGGGCAGGGUCAGUUGCAAGAACAUCAGGCCCGAGUGUCCAGCCCCGACGUGCGGGCAGCCGCGCCAGCUGCCGGGGCAUUGCUGCCAGACCUGCCCCCCGGAUCGCGGCGCGCCGGACGCACAGCCCACGGUCCCGGCCUUCGAGUAUCCGCGGGACCCGGAGCACCGCGCCUACAGCGACCGCGGGGAGGCUGCUGAGGAGCGCGCCCGCGCUGACUGGCACUCGGACUUCGUGGCGCUGCUGACAGGCCCGAGGUCGCAGGCGGUGGCCCGAGCCCGGGUGUCGCUGCUGCGCUCCAGCCUGCGCUUCUCCAUCUCCUACCAGCGGCUGGACCGCCCGGCCAGAGUCCGCUUCUCAGAUCCCACGGGGAACGUCCUGUUUGAACACCCUGCGGCCCCCACCCAGGACGGCCUGGUGUGUGGCGUGUGGCGGGCGGUGCCCCGCUUGUCGCUGAGGCUUCUCCGGGCAGAGCAGCUGCACGUGGCCCUCCUGACCUCUGCUCACCCCACCGGGGAGGUGUGGGGGCCCCUCCUGUGGCACCGGGCCCUGGCUGCAGAGACCUUCAGCGCCAUCCUCACCCUAGAGGAGGGGCCACAGCUGGGCGUGGGGGGCAUCGCCCUGCUGGCCCUCAGUGACACAGAGGACUCCUUGCAUUUCCUGCUGCUUUCCGGGGGGCUGCUAGAGGCCGGGAGCAGGGGCCCAGCCCCGGUGGCCCUGCACCUCCAGCUUCUGCAUCAGGGCCAGCUUCUGCGGGAGCUCCAGGCCAAUGCCUCCACCCAGGCACCAGGCUUUGCCGAGGUGCUCCCCCACCUGAUGGCCCAGGAGAUGGAGUGGUUGGCUCUGGGGGAGCUGCAGAUGGUGCUCGAGAGGGCGGGGGUGCCCUCACUCCGCAUCAGUGGGCACAUUGCUGCCAGGCAGAGCUGCGAUGUGCUGCAGAGCGUCCUCUGUGGGGCUGAUGCGCUGAGCCCGGUACAGACAGGCGCUGCUGGCUCGGCCAGCCUGGUGCUGCUGGGAAAUGGCUCCCUGCUCUACCAGGUGCAGGUGGUGGGCACUCGCAGUGAGGUGGUGGCUGUCACACUGGAGACCAAGCCUCAGCGGAAGGACCAGCGUUCCGUGCUGUGCCACAUGGCAGGGCCACAGCCUGGAGCACACGUGGCUGUGGGGGUCUGCCCUGCGUUGGGUGCCCGAGGCGCCCACCUGCUCCUGCAGAGUGAGCUCUUCCUGAAUGUGGGCACCAAGGACUUCCCCGAUGGAGAGCUCAGGGGCCAAGUGGCCGCCCUGCCCUAUAGUGGACACAGUGCCCGCCAUGGCAUGCUCCCUGUACCCCUGGCAGGAGCCCUGGUGCUGCCCCCUGUGCAAAGCCAGGCCGCAGGGCAUGCCUGGCUCUCCCUAGACCCUCACUGUCACCUGCACUACGAGGUGCUGCUGGCAGGGCUAGGUGGCUCCGAGCAGGGCACCGUUACCGCCCACCUCCUGGGGCCUCCAGGGCUGCCAGGUCCCCGGCGGCUGCUGAGAGGAUUCUAUGGCCCAGAGGCACAGGGUGUGGUGAAGGACUUGGAGCCUGAGCUCCUGCGGCACCUGGCACAGGGCACUGCAUCCCUGCUCAUUGCUACCAAGGGGAGCCCCCAAGGGGAACUUCGGGGGCAGGUGAACGUUGCCAACCAGUGCCGGGUGGGCGGCCUACAGGUGAGGGCGGAGGGGGUGCCUGGGGCUCCGGAGGUACCUGUACUGCCUGCACUGCCCAUGGUCCUGGGCCAGGAGCCCCCUACCCUAGCACGGCCCAGCAGCUCCGGGCGCCCCCGAGACCCCAACACCUGCUUUUUCGAGGGGCAGCAGCGCCCCCAUGGGGCUCGCUGGGCACCCAACUAUGACCCUCUGUGCUCGCUCUGCACGUGCCAGAGACGCACAGUGAUCUGUGACCCUGUGGUAUGCCCUCCACCCGGCUGCCCAAGCCCUGUGCAGGCUCCGGACCAGUGCUGCCCUGUGUGCCCAGAGAAGCAAGAGGGUAGAGAUGCACUGGGCCUGCCAAGGGGUCGGGACCCUGGAGAGGGUUGCUAUUUUGAUGGCGAUCGGAGCUGGCGGGCAGCGGGGACCCGGUGGCACCCUGUCGUGCCUCCCUUUGGCCUAAUUAAGUGUGCUGUUUGCACCUGCAAGGGGGCCACUGGAGAGGUGCACUGCGAGAAGGUCCAGUGUCCUCGGCUGGCCUGUGCCCAGCCUGUCCGCGCCAACCCUACCGACUGCUGCAAACAGUGCCCAGUGGGGACAGGGGCCCGCCCUCAGCUGGGGGACCCCAUGCAGGCCGAUGGGCCCCGGGGCUGCCGUUUUGCAGGGCAGUGGUUCCCAGAGAGCCAGAGCUGGCACCCCUCCAUCCCCCCCUUUGGGGAGAUGAGCUGUAUCACCUGCAGAUGUGGGGCAGGGGUGCCCCACUGCGCGCGAGAGGACUGCUCUCCGUUGUCGUCCUGUGGCCCAGGGAAGGAGGGUCGGUGCUGCUCCCACUGCACACACCAGCAGCAGCCCACCCCCUUCUGUCUCCAGCUGCCUCCGAGGCCAGGACGGCCCCAGAGCUGGACUCAGCAGUCACAGUCAAGGGCUCAUAGUGAGCAGCCAGAAGGCCACGCGACCAAGAGGACGGGCCCGGCCCCAGGGAGGAGUGGCACCCAGUACUCUGCAUUCUCCCAGUGCCUUCUGCUCCGCCCACCCCCACUACCUCUGGGACCCACAACUCCACAUGUCAGAGGUCAACGGGGCACCAAGGCCCAGAUGCUCUGGCCUCUACUCUGGGAACCUGGCCCUCACUUUCCUUCUGUGCCGACGAUCACUGGCUUGUUGGGAUGUUUAAUUUAUCCUCACUCAGCGCCAAGGGUCCCCCUCCACUCCUGCUGCCCCUGAGCUGAGCAGAGUCAUUACUGAAGAAGUUUGUAUUUAUUAAAAAAAAAUUUUUUUUUCAGUC